AGCCGGGUAAUGGAUGGGCUGGUCUCCCUCUCCUAAAAAAAAAAGAUAGCAAUUGAUUGAUUGAUUGCAUCACGAAACUGGAAAGUGAAAAGGGGGGUAAAAUUAAAAAUUGUAAAAUACCCAGUUCAAGAUGUAUGGGACAGAACAGUCAAAAUGUUUUAUUUUUUAAGUAACCAAACAGGCAGGCAGGCAUGUUAUAUUGUUAAAUAGUUGUGCUUUAAACCACAUGACAAUCCCAAGAACAGCAGUAUUGAACAGUUGCAAACAGUGUUGUCUGGCAUAUCUUUGUAAAUGAUGUGAUCAGUGAUCACUCACUAAGACCUCUAACUUUACAGCAUUGCAAAAAGCUGCCACUGACUGUAGUGUAUUCAAUACACAUAGUGUAUUUGACUUGCAGCUUUUUGCAAUGCUGUAAACUAAGUUAGAGGUCUUAGUGAGUGAUCACUGAUCACAUGCAUCACAGUAAUACAAAGAUAUGCCAGACAGUCAGACAGUGUGCAAUUGUGCAGAAGCAGAUCAUCAUCUCCCCCCCCAAAAAUAAUAAAAAUCCCCCAAAAAAAUGCAGAAGGGUAACUUACUAACCAGUUUGUGCUCCCAUGUGGCAUGUGCUGCCUGCCACUGCUGCUCUCACUGUGUCUGAGUGUGCGGCACUGUGUCAGGCGGUGGCUGCGGCCUAGCUCGGGUCUCACUCGUCUCCUUCACUCCAGUCCUGCGGUCUCCUCCUCCUCUGUCCCCCUGCAAGACACUGUCAGCCUGUUUUUUUUCUUUUGUACACUCUGAGCGCUCUUGGGGGUACGAGGACGGGUCCGCUGUGCUCAGUGCUGCUCCGUCCGUCUCCUCUCCAGUCCUCCUCACGAGUCGACUCACACGUGCGACACAGGGGGAGGGGGGUGUCACUGUCGUCACGUCAGCGGGAGGCGGGAGGCGGGAAAGAAGGCGCCAAAAAACUUUUUUUUCCGACUCGGCUCUGCAAGGCGGACGCGACGCUGACGUCAUCAACAUGCAUCGAUUAUUUAAAGCAACCGCAUCGAUGCAGAAUCGCCGGGGGUCGAAUCGCGAUGCAUCGCUGCAUCGAUUAUAUUCGACAGCCCUACUUCCUACUGAGACCCAGGUAAGCCAACCCAACCUACCCUUGACUGUGGAACCCCUACCCUGGGACACCCCAGAGGACUUUGGGCGGGAGGUGACCGGAGACCCUUCCCUCAGAAAGUAUCGAGAGAAAGCCAGGAGGGGCCAAGGGGGGUUAGAGAAGGAGCAAUUUAUCUGGGAGGAAGGCCGCUUGUACAGGCUCACCGAGACCCGGGGUAAUGCCCCAGGGCCUAAGCAAAAACGCCAGCUGGUAGUUCCCCGGAAGUACCGGCAGGAGUUAUUGAGGAUUGGGCACGACGUACCCUUGGCAGGCCAUUUGGGAAUACGCAAGACAGGGUAUCGGAUAACCCAGAACUUUUUCUGGCCUGGGGUAUCCGACGACGUCAGGGCGUAUUGUCAAACGUGCGAGGUAUGCCAACGUAUAGGUAAAAAGGGAGACCACCCAAAGGCUAAACUAGUUUCCAUGCCCAUUAUUGAAGAACCAUUCACAAGGGUAGCCGUGGACAUUAUAGGGCCCCUGGCCCAACCUAGCCGUUCCGGCAAGCGGUAUAUACUCACCGUAGUAGACUACGCCACCCGUUACCCCGAAGCGGUAGCUCUCUCUAACAUACAGGCUGAGACUGUAGCAGAGGCCCUAGUUAAAGUAUUUUCCCGAGUAGGCUUUCCCAAGGAGGUUCUAUCCGACCAAGGUACCCAAUUCACGGCCGAGGUAACCCAGCAGAUAUGGAAAACCUGUGGAGUUAAAUCCCUGACUAGCUCCCCAUACCACCCCCAGACUAACGGCCUGUGCGAGCGCUUCAAUGGAACGCUAAAGCAAAUGUUGAAAUCGUUCACAGGGGCGUACAAGGAUUGGGAGCGAUUCCUGCCGCACCUUCUCUUUGCCUACCGAGAGGUACCGCAGGAAUCGACCGGAUUCUCACCCUUCGAACUUCUCUAUGGGAGGCGGGUGAGGGGGCCCUUAGAUCUCAUCAAGGAUCACUGGGAGGGGCAAACAGAAAUUGAGGGGACCCCGGUUGUACCUUAUGUCCUGGAGCUGAGGGAUCGCAUGGAGGAAUUAGCCCAGACAGUGCGAGAAAACCUCCAGGCGGCCCAACAGCGCCAGAAGGUAUGGUAUGACCGAUGGGCUAGGCACCGGAGCUUUCAGAUAGGCCAAAAGGUCAUGGUAUUAAGGCCGGUCCGAACUGACAAGCUCCAGGCUGCCUGGCAGGGCCCCUAUAAAGUUAUAGGACAGAUAUGCGACACUACCUACACGAUAGCCAGUUGCGAGGAUGAAGAUGUGAAACGAACCUUUCACAUCAACAUGCUCAAGGCCUAUCAGGAACGGGCAGAGGAGGUAGCCGCUAUCUGUGCACCAGCAGGAGAAGACACAGAGACCCUACCCCUUCCCGACCUAUUGGGCAGUAGCAAAGGGAUGACCCAGAUAGAGAAAGUCCAGCUAGGUGAACAGCUGGAGCCGCAAGAGCGGGCUCAAGCUGGCCGCUUACUAGAAGAAAAACAGGCCACAUUCUCGCAGGAGCCUGGAUACACACGCCUAGCCGUACACAAGGUGGAGACUCCAGGACAGACACCCCUGAGACAGCCUCCUUACCGUAUCCCCGAAGCAGUCCGGGAAGGAAUGCGGAAGGAGAUAGAUGAGAUGCUUCGGCUAGGCGUAAUCGAACCCUCAGAAAGUCCUUGGGCCUCGCCGGUAGUCUUAGUGCCAAAGAAGGAUGGGACAACCCGCUUCUGUGUAGAUUACCGGCGCCUCAACGACAAGACAGUUACGGACGCCUAUCCGAUGCCUCGGAUGGACGAGCUGCUUGACCGUAUCUCUGCAGGGAAGUAUCUGACCACAAUAGACCUAUGCAAGGGAUAUUGGCAGAUUCCUCUAGCAGAAGAUGCCAGACUCAAGUCGGCCUUCAUCACCCCGUUCGGCCUAUACCAAUUCCGGGUUAUGCCGUUCGGGAUGAAGAACGCCCCGGCCACCUUCCAACGGAUGGUGGAUCAGUUACUUGGGGGUCUCCAGAGCUUUGCAUGCGCUUAUCUGGAUGACAUCGCCAUCUACAGCAAUACAUGGGAAGCGCACCUAGAACACGUAGGGGUAGUAUUGGAUAGGAUCAAGGGGGCCGGGCUGACCCUGAAACCCGACAAAUGUCAUUUGGGUAUGGCGGAGGUACAAUAUUUGGGCCACCGAGUAGGAUGUGGUAAGCAACGGCCGGAGCCGGCCAAGAUCGAGGCCGUUGCCAAUUGGCCCACUCCCCACACCAAGACACAAGUCAUGGCUUUCUUGGGCACAGCCGGCUAUUACAGACGCUUUGUACCCGACUAUAGCGCCCUGGCCAAACCCCUGACCGACUUGACCAAAAAGAAGCUACCCCGACAAGUCCUGUGGUCCCCGGAAUGCGAGGUGGCUUUCCAAACCCUAAAGACUGCUCUGGUUAAUGCUCCGGUGUUGGUUACCCCAGAUCCUAACAAAAGAUUUAUUGUCCACACAGAUGCUUCAAUGUUUGGACUGGGGGCAGUACUAAGCCAGAUCGGGGAGGAUGGAGGAGAGCACCCGGUGGCAUACCUGAGUCGGAAGCUGUUGCCAAGGGAGGUCAGUUACGCCACCAUUGAAAAAGAGUGUUUGGCCUUGGUAUGGGCACUCAAAAAGCUCACACCUUACCUUUAUGGCCGGGCUUUCACUCUCAUCACCGAUCACAACCCCUUGGUGUGGCUUAACCGGGUUUCAGGGGACAACGCACGUUUGCUACGCUGGAGCUUGGCCUUACAGCCCUAUGACUUUACGAUUCAU